CUUUUGUAGUGGAGAGAAGGGAGUGUCGGAUCGGAGAGGUUUGGUUACGGAGGUGUAAGCAGGCAGGAGAUAGACUGCAGACGUGUGCAGGGUAAAACAGAAAAACCCAUUGUUGGUUUGACGUAGGGUGAGAAAGUCAUCACAGAUUUGGUCUUCUUCAGAAAGUUGUGAUGGGGAUGAACGGACAGGAUGAAGCACAGGAGUUCCUCAAAAGUUUUGUGGAAGAGUUUGCAAACCCAUUGGGCUCAGAUGAUCCGCUUCCUAUCACCUCAAUCAACCGCAUUGUGACCCUGGAAGAAGUGAAAGGAGAGAGCUUAGACCUCGGUCUCCGGCUGCUCACUGCCAGGAAUGCCCCCCGCUGGUUAAGAGCUUUGAUGUGCCAAACUGCUCUUAGUGAGCUUCUGAAAGAUGACCUUUCACCUUUCCACUGCCCAAAAGAUCCUGAGCAGCAGCAAGACGAUGAACCUGAUCUAGUCCUAAUAAAGACUGAGCCUGUACUGCGUCUCUUUAUCAACAAGCUGAGAGAGGUGGGCAUGGCCUGGCAGAAACAGCUCCCCAACCCACCAUCUCACUCCUCACGCUUUAGUUUCUGCUCGGUUGAUGCCAUUCGUAACACCCGCAGGAAAAUGGAGGAUCGGCAUGUGAUACUACCCGACUUCAACCAACUUUUAGGGUUACAGGACGGUGUGGAGCGUGAGUACUACGCUGUGUUCGAUGGACAUGGAGGGGUUGAUGCUUCCACCUAUGCUGCUACUCACCUGCAUGUUAUACUCAGCCAACAGGUGGAACUAAAGAGCGACCCGGGCACAGCCUUUAAAAAGUCCUUCAUUCUAACGGAUGACAUGUUCAGGAUCAAAGCAAAGAGAGAGCGUAUGCGAAGUGGAAGUACUGGCGUGGCCGUGUUGCUGGCUGCCGAUUGGCUGACGGUUGCAUGGCUGGGAGACUCCCAGGCCAUGCUGGUGAGAAAAGGAGAGCCUGUCAUCCUAAUGGACCCCCAUAAACCUGAAAGAGAGGAUGAGAAGAAGAGGAUUGAAGAUCUGGGGGGCUGCAUUGCCUUCAUGGGCUGCUGGCGGGUUAAUGGGACAUACGCUGUUUCCAGAGCGAUAGGGGAUUUCGACCAGAAGCCCUACGUGUCCAAUGCAGCAGACACCAACACGGUUCAGCUUUGUGGAGAUGAGGACUACGUCCUCUUGGCGUGCGAUGGUUUCUUUGAUGUUUUGAACCCGGCCGACGUCCCAGCUCUGGUUCUGGAGGCCUUGAGAAAGGGUAAAGGUUCGGGAGAGGAUGUUGCUCAGAGUUUGGUGGCGGAGGCCAAAGCUGCUGGAUCCAGUGAUAACAUCACGGUCUUGGUCGUGUUCCUGCGUGAGCCGAGCGACAUUUUGCUCUCAGAGACAGAUUCUAAUGCAGAGAGAGGAGCGGCAGGACAAGCAUCAGAGAACUGAGAGGGAGGAAGAGUGUGGGACUGGAGCUUCAGCGCGGACCACUAGAGGACUGACAGUGCCUUUGAAAUUUUAGCUCACCCUGGCAAGUAUUAAUAGACUUUGGUUUAAUUACUUUUUAUGAAAUUUGUUUAGGUCUCUGAAUGGAAUAAUGUAAGUAUGGUAAUACAUCCACUGGGAAAAAUAUCAAAGUGUUAUAAACAGUGUUUUGUUGAUGCCUGUA